CCAAUGCCAGGUGCCCGCAAGGGAAUCAUCAAGUGAUCCAUCCCCUGUUGCCCAUUCCCACCUUCCGGCAAACAGAGGCUAGGGACACUUCAAGAGCAUGGUUUUGUAUCCCUGCCCAUCCUGGCUAACAGCCAAUGAUGGAUACAUCCUCUAUCAACUUAUCUAGUUCUUUGGUGGACCCUGUUAUAGUCUUGGCCCUCACAACAUCCUCUGACAGAGUUUCCCCAGGUUGACUGUGUGUUGGGUGAAGAAAUACUUCCUUUGGUUUGUUUUAAACCUGCUGUCUAUUCAUUUCAUCAGGUGACCCCUAAUUCCUGUGUUAUGAGGAGUAAAUAGCACUUCCUUACCGAUUCAGACUAACACGGCUUCCCCUGAUACUUCCUUAUUUACUUUCUCCAAACCAGGGCCGGUGCAACCAUUUAGGCAAACUAGGCAGCCGCCUAGGACGCCUAGUGGUUGGGGGCGCCUAAAAGCCCCCUCAGGCAAGGAGGUGGAGGGGCCGGUGACCUUCGAGGAGGUGGCUGUGUAUUCCCGCAGAGAAGAGGGGGCUCUGCUGGACCCCACUCAGAGAGCCCUCUACGUGGAUGUCAUGCAGGAGAAGUAUGAGAAUGUGACUUCGCUGGAGUUUCGAGUUUCCAAACCUAGUGUCAUUUUGCAGCUGGAACGAGGGGAAGAGCCGUGGAUCCCAGAUCUCCAAGUCUCUGAGAAAGAAGUGCUCCCAAGAGCUGCCUACACAGGCGCAGGGAGUGAUCUAUGUCUGGAUUCUCUCUGUCUCUCAUCAGGUGAUGGGAUGGUGAGUGAUAACGAGGAGGAGAAACCCCAGCAGGAAGAUACUGAGCAAGUAGAAGCACAUGAGACAUUAUCGGGAAGAUCCAAAGGGAGUGUUUCCAGGUUUUGUGCACGCCCAGAAAAAGCAAAAGCCCGUGAGACUGAGCAGAGGCCAGAGGAAAACUUCAGUAGCUUCUCAGACCUUAUUUCAAGUGAGAGAAUCAACUUGGAAGACACACGUUACACAUGCCAUGAGUGCGGGAAACGCUUCAAUUGGCGCUCACACCUUAUCAGACAUCACAAAAUCCACACUGGUGAGAGACCUUAUGGAUGCUCUGAGUGCGGGAAAGGCUUCAAACAGAGCUCUGCCCUUAUCGCACAUCAGAGAAUCCACACAGGGGAGAAGCCCUACACAUGCUCUGAGUGCGGGAAAAGCUUCAGUCAGCUCUCACACCUUAUCAAACAUCAGAGGAUCAACAUAGGCUGCGGAAUAAUGUCCGUGUUUUGCUCCAGUUCAUCCCGUCCUCUCGUUGGACAGGGGAGAGAAGUGGCUGCAGAGGAGCCAGUUCAGGGGUCGCUGACCUUCGAGGAAGUGGCUGUGUAUUUCACCAGGGAAGAGUGGGCUCUGCUGGACCCCACUCAGAGAACCCUCUGCAGAGAUGUCAUGCAGGAGAACUAUGAGAAUGUGACCUCGCUGGCAGGUUUUCCAGUUUCCAAACCUGAUGUGAUCUCCCAGCUGGAACAAGGGGAAGAACCAUGGGUCUCAGACCUGCAGGGUUCAGAGGGAAAACAGAUCCUGAGAUCUCCCUGCAGAGCAGGUGAUGUAAUGGCAUGUGAGAAAGAGAAGCAGAAUUCUCAGCAAAAAAAUGUUCAGCAACUGGAUAAACACAGAGCAUUAUUGCAAAGAUCAAAAAGCAAUGUGUCCAAGAGUCAUGAGGAGGAAAAGUCCUGUGAGAUUCAGCACAGACCAGGAAGAGAGCAAGGAAACCAGCCAGGGGUGAAAAUGGGUAAACGUAUUUCCUCUCAGGGAACUCAGAAGGACCUCAAGGAAACCACAACAAAGCAGGAAAUCAUCAUUGGAAAGAGAAAAAAUACAUGCACAGAGUGUGGAAAAAACGUAUGUGACUACUCAGCUCUUCUUAAUCAUCAGAGAAUCCACACAGGCGACUGGCCCUAUGAAUGCUGUGAGUGUGGGAAAAACUUCACUUACAGAUCAUCCCUUUCUGUUCAUCGGAGAAUCCACACAGGGGAGAGGCCCUAUGAAUGCCGUGAGUGUGGGAAAUUUUUCACAUACAGAUCAGGCCUUUCUAGACAUGAGAGAAUCCACACAGGGGACAGGCCCUACAAAUGCAGUGAAUGUGGGAAAACCUUCACUCAAAUAUCAGCCCUUUCUGUUCAUCAGAGAAUCCACACAGGGGAGAGGCCCUAUGAAUGCCGUGAGUGUGGGAAAACCUUCAAUCGCAGCUCAGACCUUUUUACCCAUCAGAGAAUCCACACGGAUGAGAGGCCCUAUGAAUGCCAUGAGUGUGGGAAAACCUUCAAUCGCAGCUCACACCUUAUUACUCAUCAGAGAAUCCACACAGGGGAAAGGCCCUAUGAAUGCAACGAGUGUGGGAAAAACUUCACUAGCAGCUCAGACCUUUCUCAACAUCAGAGAAUCCACACAGGAGAGAGGCCCUAUGAAUGCCGUGAGUGUGGGAAAAACUUCACUCAGAGCUCAGCCCUUUCUCAACAUCAGAGAAUCCACACAGGGGAGAGGCCCUAUGAAUGCUGUGAGUGUGGGAAAACCUUCAAUUGCAGCUCGCACCUUAUUAGGCAUCAGAGAAUCCACACGGGGGAGAGGCCCUAUGAAUGCAAUGAGUGUGGGAAAACCUUCAAUUGCAGCUCACACCUUAUUACCCAUCAGAGAAUCCACACAGGGGAGCGGCCAUAUAAAUGCAGUGAGUGCGGGAAAAGCUUCACUGACAGAUCAGGCCUUUCUCGACAUCAGAGAAUCCACACAGGGGAUAGGCCCUAUAAAUGCUGUGAGCGUGGAAAAUACUUCACUAAGAGUUCAGCCUUUUCUGAACAUCAGGGAAUCCACACAGGAGAGAGGCCCUAUGAAUGCCAUGAGUGUGGGAAAACCUUCAAUCACAGCUCACACCUUAUUACCCAUCAGAGAAUCCACACAGGAGAGCGGUCCUAUAAAUGCAGUGUGUGCGGGAAAAACUUCACUCAGUGCUCAGCCCUUUCUCAACAUCAGAGAAUCCACACAGGGGACAGGUCCUAUGAAAGCAGAGAAUGUGGGAAAACCUCUUGGCACUCAGCCCAUAUUAGCCAUCAGAGAAUCUGCAAGGGCGAUAAACACCAUAAAAACCUCUAGGGCUAUCAAUUUUUUUUCUUUAAUACUUUUCCUGAUUGCCAUAUAAUAACUUUUUAAAUGUGUUUGAACUGUUUGCAGCACUGUUAUCCCUCAGCUUGUCCAGAUGAGUGGCCCAUUUAUGCCUUUUGUAGUUUGCCUUCUUUUGAGGUGGGCCCAUUUGUCCUUUCUAUCAACUCAAUUAUCCCAUGAGUAGUUGGAGUGUGCCCUUCCUAUGAGGAACCAGGGAGCAUCACAUUUAUACCAUUCCUCCUAUUGCAAAGUUAUUGUUAGAGUCACCAAUGAUACAGAUUGUAUCAUUGCCAGUUGUUCUCACGUUGCUCUGGGUUGUGCUGAAGAGCAGUUAUAUUGGGAAUUUUUCAUAUUAUAGUUAAAUAAAGAGGAGCAGAGGGAAAAGUGUCAUUUCAGCCUCUGUGACACUGGGAGGAGAUGGGGUGACUCAGAGAUUCCCUUCUUCCCCAUCACUCCAGAACUGUUACAUUUUGGCUUCUCUGUGCAGAGUUUAUUUUCAUCACAUUAUAUCCCUCCACUUCUCAAAGUGUUAUGUGAGGAAGAGUUCUCAGCUGUCUGUGCUUGGAGACGAUGCUUUGAUUUCUUUAAUCCUAUACCAGAGUCGCUAUGACUGGAAAUGAAAGUGUCAAAGACCUGGAAGGGGAAUUUAAAUGGAUCCCAAACAUAGUGUGAUUAUUUCGCAUUUAAAUUCCAGGUUUCAUCUAUUGGUAAAGCCACUUCUGGCAAGGGGGCUAUUUUGUCCCCCAUUAUGGGGAUACUAGGAUACUUACAAUUUUGUAAAUAAUGUAACUGACUAUUGAGAGAGUGCUGAGUGAAGCAGCUUUGAAUGGAUCAGAGGAGAAUGUGAUGGGAGAAUCUCUUGUCCUAAUUCUAAAUAAUCAGAUGUAACCUGCUCUGGAAUUUCUCUUGAUGCUUUCAUUGUCAUGUAUUCUAUCUCUAUGUGAUGUGGGUUUCUCUCUUUCCUGAAGGCUGUUUGCUCACCCAGCUGGAUAUUAGUUCAGUUCAAUAGGACAUAGCUCAGAUUUAUUGGAGAAUUUAAGACAAAUGACCAUUUCCUAAAGUCCUCAUUUCUCACUUUAGCUUUGCUUUUUCCCCACCCCUACAUGAUGACAUGGAGAAAGGUCAAGUGCAGUUCUGUCAACAGUGGAGAAUUCUCUAAUGUACUGCACGUGCUAACAGAGAAACAGCAGUUAUUUAAAAUCUCCAUUCGGAAAUGGUGAACAGCACCAGAACCCCAACUAACUGAAGGAAAUGCAUAUGAUCACAGUGUAGUUCAAUUAUUUAAGUAAGUAUUUUCUCAGAUGAUAUGAGGAGAGAAUUCCACAUUAAGUGAUUUUUAACUUGGCAAAAUGCCCAUGUGUUUGGUUCCCGAAGCAUUUUUGUAACCCAUGCCCCACAGAUCUUUCCUAUUCAGAGUGCUUCCCUUCAUGAUGCAGAUUGUCGCAACCCUAAAGUGCACGCUUAAACAAGGUCUCUUUUUGGCCAAUUGUCGGCCCAUAGCCAUUUUGUUUUAGUAAAAGGACAAGGUGGUCUCCAUUUUGGGUCAGAUUCUUGUUCCUUAAAGGACAGGAAAGCCCCAAGGGGUCGUGUGCAUAACCCUAGAAUGUCAGGUGCACCCUGUGAGCCGUAUACAGACAUGUAAGCAUGUCUCAAACAAAGAAGUAGUGUGCUUGCCAAGUACAGCUUCUGCUACGUAGGCGGCUCCUGCUCGGAACCUGGAAGGAGAAGGAGCUAGGGGGCCAAUCUGAAACUGACAUGAGUAAAAGCCCCCAGACAAAACCAUGUCUCACGCCAGAAUCAGGAGGAGUUCUCGUGGGUCAGCUGGAAGGUCUGAUCACCCUUUCGGCCAGGGAAUCUCCUCUGGAUUUAGCCGGCUCGUGUUGUCUCGUAUUAAACAAGACCACCUCCCCUAAUUCACUGUGUAAUCGGUGUUUAUGCUACUGGUCGGCUGUAUCUGGAGUGUGGUAUGUAUUUUGUAAUUUCUGCAAAUAUUUCUGCUCUCACCUGACUGUUCCCCUGUCUCUACCUUCUCUUCUGUUUCUUGGGUUUACUUCAUUCUGUGUAUAAGAAAAGCGAUUGGAUUUUUUUUCUUUCCUAUAGCUUAUUUUUUGGCCUUGCUUCUUCCUUUUAUGUGAAGCAGUGUAGAUAAGAGUUAACACGUUGCUCUUCCUAGCCAAAGUGUACUCUAUUCCUAUUGUCAAAAUAAAUACAGUCAUUUGGCUUUAAACCAA